AUGGGGACAAUGCAGGAGCAGAGGGUUCAACCCUGGAUGGAGACAGAUCCCCUCCCAGCAGGCUGCCAGCUCUGACUGGUUCCGCCUAUCUCUCCCAGUGCUUACACACACUCAUUCCCAUUCCCACAGUUUCAGAGUCUGCAGCUGGAGCGGGAGAUGUGUUUGGCUUCAAACUGCGCCCUGGCCAGGGUGAACCUCUCCCUGCGCCCACGGCUGGAAGAUGGGAAGGCUUCCCUGGCUAUCAAGUACCAGGAGCUGCAGGAGAUACGAGAGACAUCCAGCCCUUGGCUGGGACCGAUGCCACAGUGGGAUGCAGGCCUCGGUGUGCAGGCAGAGUCAGAGGCACAGAUAGAGCAGUUCCUGGCCCAGGACCUGCCCCUCGAUUCCUUUCUGGAGUCCUUCUGCCAGAGCCGCACAUGCUCCCACAUCUGCCGGACGCAGCUGGAGAAACUGCAGGAGCUGCUGAAGAGACCAGGUGGUAGCCCGGCACCAGCUCGUCUUGCCCCAUUGCGGAAUGGAGUAGCCCCCAAAGCCUUCAAUCUCUCCUAUGGCUUUGUGCCUGCCUUUGUUAUCCCCUCGGAGGCUGUUGUGCCCUUUGCUAUGCCAGCUGUGCCUNCAAGACACCAUCCCCCAGCCCUGGGACCCCAGCCAGCACCUCCCUGCUCUGAAAUCCCCAGCCUCGGCUCAUCCCUGUGCCUCGUCAGACAUAUCCCCCUGCUCAGCCCCCAGCCCUUCCGCAGGUGGCAGUGGCCACAACACCAGAAGCAGGAGCCUCCGCACCGGUAG